UUUUACAAAUCAGUUGUCGCUAGCCAUUACUAUAAAAGGAAGUGUCCCACAGCAAAAGUCGACAAAAAGAUGUAUUUUGUAAAUACUAGUUACUAAAGAAAAAUUCAAAGUUAAAUUUGAAUGUACACUAACUCACCAGAGAAAUACAUUUACAAUAGUAGCGAAGUGUUUUUAUUACAAGAAGAGACAAAAUAAUAUGGGCAAAAUGGUAAAUGUGGCUGUUAUUGGAGGUGGUGCAUCGGGUCUUGUUAGUGCAAAAUAUUCUAUUGCCGAAGGGUUUGAUGUAACGAUUUACGAACAAGCUUCGAAUUUGGGUGGAACAUGGAUGUACACGGACAAAACCGACAAAGAUCAAUAUGGUGCCAACGUUCAUUCGGUUAUGUAUCAGGGAUUGAGAACCAAUCUUCCCAAGCAAUUGAUGGAAUUUAUUGACCAUAAGUAUCCUGAGAAGACUCUUCCAUAUCCACCCCAAUCGGACGUAUUAAAGUACCUACAAUCGUAUGCGGAUCGUUUCAAUUUAAUGAAGCAUCUAAAAUUAAGUCAUUCGGUGAUUCGAAUUCAACCAAUUGAAAAUGAUAAAUGGGAAAUUAUCGUGAAAGAUCUACCGAACAAUAAAUUCGAAACGAAAAUUUAUGACAUCGUUUUCGUUUGUAAUGGACAUUGCACGAUGCCACGCAUUCCGAAGAUCGAUGGUGCCAGCGAAUUUAACGGAAAAAUAAUUCACAGCCGGGAUUUUCGCACAGCCGAAGCAUUCCAUGCGGAUAAUGUUCUCAUUGUCGGUGGUGGUCCUAGUGGUGUAGAUUUGGUUAUGCAAAUUUCAAAAGUAGCGAAUCGAAUAACAUUCAGUCAACACAAACGUCCCGAUGAAACAAAGGAGGCACGAGAUAUCCGUCAAAGUAAAUUUCCAUCAAAUGUGUCACUUCAAGAGAAUGUCAAACGUUUAACACCAACCGGAGCCGAAUUUAUUGAUGGAUCCCAUCAAACCUUUACAGCUAUUAUCUAUGCAACCGGUUACAAUUUUAAGUAUCCAUUUUUGAGUGCUGAUUGUGGAAUCCAUGUAGAUAACAACUUCGUUCAGCCGUUAUAUAAACAAAUUUUGAACAUUGAAUUUCCAUCAAUGGCUUUCAUCGGUGUCACUCAUUUUGCAUGCAACUUUCCAAUGUAUGAUUUACAGGCGAAAUUUGCUCUGAAGUUCUUAACAGGAGCCAAAAAGCUGCCAACGAAAUCAGAAAUGAUGAUGGACAUGCGCGUCAAAACACAAAUUCAUUGGAAUAAAGGAUAUCAGAAACAUAGGACGCAUACAUUAGGACCAGAUCAAAAAGAUUACUUUGAUGAUCUAUCGACAACUGCCGAUAUUGAAAACAUUCCGCACAUUUUGCUUUCAAUUUUUUUCGAUUCGGUAAGAAGAACCAUGUCAGGGGAUCUGGAUUAUCGUAAAUACAAAUACAAUGUCAUCGAUGAUAAGACUUUCACCUGCGAGAAAUACAUGGAAUAGUGCCAAAGUCAAUGUGUUUUCAAUUGAAUGAAUUUAUUCAAGCAAUUAUUUUUCUGUAUCAAAAGUAAACGGAUUAAACUAUUUCUUAUGAUCUAUGAA